AUGAAAAGAUUAUUUAAAGAAGUAGAUGAAGAUAUGAAUGAAAAUUCUGAAAAAUUAAAUUCUUCACUCAUUCUUCCUUUUAGCAAAGAUUACGAAUUUUGUUCAAAUGGUGUAUAUUUCUAUUGUGGAAAAAUGGGCUCAGGUAAAACAUUUAAUCUCAUUCGUCAUAUUCUCAUAACAGAACGUUUAGGAAAUGACUCAUAUUAUGACCAAAUUAUAAUUUCUUCAACUUCAGAUUCAAUGGAUUCAACAGCUAAAACAUUUAUGUCAAAAGUUCAAGCCUCUGUAGUUAAAGUUCCAGAUAGCGAGUUAAUUUCUUUUCUACAAAGAUAUAUAAGAAGAAAGAAGAAAUAUUAUGCUAUAGUAGAAUUUAUUCAAUCUGGUAUGUCAAAGACUUCUGAAGAAAUGGAAAGAAUUAUUGUUAAACAUCAUUUAAGACAAUGGAAUGGGGAUUACGAUAUGAAACGACUUACAAAUUAUAUUUUAUCAAAACUUUCAAAAUAUCCAUUCAAAAAAUAUCCUUCAAAUACUUUGUUAGUUUGCGACGACUUUGCUGGGAAGGGUUUAGUUUCAAAACCAGACUCACCAUUAGCGAAUCUCAUUACUAAAGUAAGACAUUACCAUUUAACUGUUGCAAUACUUAUGCAAACAUGGCGUUUUCUUGCUUUAAACAUUAAACGUCUCAUUACUGACUUCGUUAUCUUUCAAGGUUUUUCAAAAUACGACAUUGAAUUAAUUUGGAAACAGUCCGGAAUAACAUUACCUUUUGAAGAAAUUUGGGAAGCAUAUAAAUCUUUAAUUUCUCCACGUUCAUAUUUAGAAAUUCAUGUCAUGACUAAUACAAUAAAUAUUAAAAAUAUACCUUGGGAAAGACCUACAUUAUUUUAA